AUGGCUCCACGGCCACCAUCACAGUCACAGGAUGUAGUUAUUUACAAGAAUUACGAAAUAAUGAGGAGACAGGGGGCAAAGUUGAGGUAUGCAGUGUCCUUACUGGAGAAAGAUGCCUUAGAUUGGUGGGAAACAGUCCCAGGGAGCAGGAACCGACCACCCACUUUGAUGUGGAAUGACUUUUUGAAAGAAUUUGCUGACAAAUAUACUCCACCAGUCUACAGAAACCGUGAAAUAGUUGAAUUCUUGGAACUAAAGCAGAAUGAGUUAUCUGUUGCUGAAUAUGAACUACAAUUUGUGAGAUUGUCACAAUAUGGCCCAGAAGAAGUGAGCACCAAUGAAUUGAGAAGAGACAGAUUUGAAAGGGGGUUGAGACUUGAGAUUCGGGAGAAAAUAGCAAUCAAAUCUCCAAGUUAUGGUGUGCUGCUAGAAGCGGCACUGAGGGCAGAAGAGACAUCCAUUGAAAGGAGUUCAACUGAAGCUAAACGAAAGAAAUUAACAGGUAACCUGAAUCCUACAGUGGGACAAAGUGGUGCAUUUUCUUUUAGGGGCUCUCGUCCGCAGAGAGCGAAUACAGUGGUGAGAUCUUGUCCAAUGGUGGUGGAGGGUGUUACUUUAUAUGCAAAUCUGGUUGUCAUAGACCUUAGGGAGUUUGAUAUCAUUUUGGAGAUGGACUGGUUAGCUAGUAAUCAUUCUUUAGUGGAUUGUCAAGCAAAAGAGGUGAUGGAUGAAAUUAAUGGGCAGAUGAAGACAGUUAUAGUGGGGGAAAGAAGAGUGAUACCCAAAUGCUUAAUUUCUGCUGUGACCGCCUUUAAUCUAAUUAAAGAAGGGUGUGAGGCGUAUUUAGCCAGUGUGCACGAUACCAUGAAAAUUGAGGAAAAUUCGAUCCCAAAGACAGCUUUCAGGACCAGGUAUGGUCACUAUGAAUUUGUCAUUAUGCCAUUUGGAUUGACGAAUGCCCCUGCAGCUUUCAUGGAUCUAAUGAACAAGACGUUACAACCAUUCCUUGAUCAAUUUGUGAUUGUGUUUAUUGAUGAUAUUUUGAUAUAUUCGAGUAGUCCCGAGGAACAUGAACAACAUUUACGGACAAUUUUACAGAUCCUUAGAGAAAAACAGUUGUACGGUAAAUUCACCAAAUGUGAGUUUUGGAUGGAAAAAAUUGCUUUUUUGGGGCACGUUGUUUCUAAAGAAGGGGUACAACCUGAUCCAGCAAAAGUUAAGGCUAUUUUAGAAUGGGUACCACCUAAAAAUGUGUCGGAGAUCCGGAGUUUUCUAGGAUUGGCUGGUUAUUAUAGAAGAUUUGUAAAGGACUUCUCUAUAAUCACAAAACCUCUGACGAACUUGUUGAAGAAGAAUGCACCAUUUAAUUGGAAUGACAAAUGUGCUUAG